AUGGUCGUGGUCCGUGUCACGGGCUUGGAUGGGACCGUCCUUUUCGGCCCAGAAGAUAUCUCCGGAACGGCGGCGGAAAUCCGGCCGCGGCUCCUGGCCAAGUCGACGGAAGACUCCGCCAAAAUCUGCCUGCUACACCAGCAUAAGGAGCUGCACCGCGAUAGCCUCCUGGAGCUCAUCGCGUCUGGUGCCGGUGACCCUCCGAUUCUGGAGCUCACCGCCGUCCGAAAGCCGAGUGCGCUUGCACAACUGGCGGAGCUUGCGCGCGAGAAUGCGAAGAAGCGCGAGGAGAGGGAGGCCAAGCGCAUCAGGCCCUCCGACAAGCAGCAGAUGCAGGAGCAGAAGGAACGCGACAUUCAGGAGUACAAAGAUGCCGUGGAAGACUUGGUCCAACAGCUUGGGGAGGAAGCUUUGCAAAAAUGCCGCACCCGUGCCAGGCAAGGCCACGACGACACGGAGUUCGACUUUCAGGGCAAGCUGCAGGCCUACGAAUUCGGCGCCAAGAUGUUCUUUCGUGGGAGCAGAGACCUCCGAAGUGAUCCGGCUAUGCGCGGCUACUAUCUCUCUGCUGCAGAACCGGACACCCUGGAGUGCCCGGACAACAUCCAAGUCGAAGGGUUCUCGUCUCCCGCCGGCCGCAAGUUCUUGCAGGAGUUCCGGACUGGACUCGUGGAGCACCUACGAGGGAUGGACCUCAUGGCCGAGCCUCAUAAGCACAGCAUCCAUGCGAUCGUGAUCUCAAGGAAGAUGGGGCCGCCUGAGGGUCCUCUGCAGAUGCCCUCUCAGAACCUUGCCAACGCAGUGCGGCGUCAAAAUGUGCGCUUCUGGUGGGUCAAAUGGCUGGCGGGCGCGGAAUCUGUGAUGAUGAUUUGCAUUGGCCGACUGAUCUCCGGCUGCGCGAUCGGCCUCCUCAGCACUGUGGUCGCGCUCUACCAAAGCGAGGUCGCUCCGGCGCACCUGCGAGGAGGCUUAACCUCUUUGUACCAGUUCAUGAUCACCCUCGGGAUAUUGGUGGCAGCGGCGGUGGAUGUCCCCCUCGUGCAGCGGGAUGAUGGGUGGAGGCUGGCCAUUCUUCUGCAGGCCUUCCCAGCAGUUGUUCUUUUGGUGGGCAUGUUUUUUCUUCCUCGCUCUCCGCGAUGGUUGGUGCAGAAAGGGCGGAUCAACGAAGCUCAAGAUGUUCUCGUGAAGUUGCGUGGGGAGAAGGAAGCUCAGCGUGAGUUGAAAGACAUCGUGCAGAGCUGGCAGGAGACUGGACAGGACGAGGUCAGCUGGGGAGAGUUGGCAACUGGGCGAACCAAGCAGCUUUUGAUGGUUGGAAUCGCCCUUCAACUGCUGCAGCAGCUGGUGGGUAUGAACGCCCUGAUGUACUUUGGGCCGCGCAUCUUCCGAACUCUUGGUCUCCAGGAGAACACGUUUCAGGCCGUGAACAACGCCGUGAAUUGUCUGUCCACGCUGCCGUCGCUGUAUCUCGCAGACCGCUGCGGACGUCGCUGCUUGCUGAUUUGGGGCGCCAAGGGCAUGAUCUGCUCUUGCUGCAUCAUCGGUGCAGUUGGCUCCUUUGCUUCCUUUGAGGACAGGCAGGGAGGCAAAGGGACACCUGCAGCGUCCUAUGUGACGGUAGCCAUGGUCUUCGCGUUCGUCAUCAACUUUGCCUAUGGCUGGGGUCCCAUCGUCUGGGUGUAUUGCGCGGAGAUCUUCCCUCUCCGCAGCAGGAGUCGGUGCGUGGGCGUCACCACCAUGUCCAACUGGAUCGGAAACUAUCUCAUCGCGCAGCUGUCGCCAGUCCUGCUUGAGAGCCUGGGGCUUGGCAGCUUCUUCGUGUUUGCUGGAUUUGCCGCCGCAGCUCUGGCGCUGGCGUGCUGGCUUCCAGAAACAAGGGGCGUUGCCUUGGAAGACAUCGAGUCCCUCUUCGAAGAGCGCUUCGGGUCUGCGGCGGCAUCAAAGGCACCAGCUCAGACCUUUGGUCUGCAGCAGCCUGCGGAGGAGAUCUCCGGCCUGGUUGGCAUGGAGGACACGACAACCGCUGCGACGUCUCCGACAACAGGCUGA